AUGGCGGAGAUGGAGUUUAAGUUUUUUGGAACGGCAAGUUCUACUGUUAACAGGCGUGGCAAAAACAAUUCCGAAAAUCCAGCUCUAGUUUUCUUCUGUUUCAUUGCAGGUGAAUGUGAGAAGGUGAUGUUGAUGGUUCUAAGCUUAACAGCAAGUUCUAUGUUUGUAACAGCAGAUCUUAUGCUUUUAACAAGUCUUAUGAUUUUAACAAGUUCUAGUCUGGUACAGAAUUGGUUGCAAGAUAUCGAUUGGUGGUUGUUAGAGGAAGAGACAGAAGGUUGUUGUUACGCGAAGGGAGGACAACUCAAAUAA